CCUCUACCUGUCCCUCCACCUCGCACCGUCCGACACCACGAUAACACCGCCAUGUCAGGGAAAUCCAACAGCAACUCUUCGAACUCUGGCUACAGCUACACCGGCUCUGGUACCAAUGACCAGGGUAACCACUACUGCUCUCGCGAUUACGGAAACGAUUCGAACAGUUACCACUACUCCAACACUGAUGGAUCCUACUACUACUCCAACCCGAACGGGUCUACCUACUACAACAGCGGGAGCGGCUACUCGAACUAUACCUCUCCCAGUGGACAGUCCCACCAGUCUUCGGGAGGAAAGAAGUAAAUUUCUUAAUCACACGCGCUAAGGGUUGAGAGAAAGGGAAUAACAAGGAUUGAAUACCGAAGCUCUGAAGAAUUGCUCCCUCUUGUGUACUAUGACUGUUUUACGGAGAUGUUGCAAAUAUACUAUGCAUUUGCUUCGUUCUCUCUUCAGGUCACGGGCACUUUUUAUGCAGACCUGUAUUUGCAUGACGCCGCUCGCGCACC